AUGCCUCAAACAUCAACAGCAAUUCCAUCGGCGGGACAAGUAUCAACGCCGAUCCAGACUUCUACGCCAAGUGGGAGUGUUUUACCAAUGAGUACAUUUCCUCAUAUUUCGGUGAUACACUCAUUCUCAACGGUGAUAACAGAUCAAUCAUUCGGUAUAGGACGACAGUCUAACCAGCAACAGUCUACCGCCGGAUCCAGCAUUUUUGGUGAGAGAUCUAGUUUUCUCGAGUUCUAUAAAAGUCCGGGUUUUCAGACUCUAGGGUUUCAGAGCCCACAAUUCCAGACUCCGGUGUUUCAUAAUCAGGGCCAAACAGAUCAGACUCCGCUGAUGACACCAGAGACGACGCAGCAAAGGUUUAUGGCGUUAGAACAUCAUGUGGCUAUACAGGUAGCACAAUUUGAGCAAGCUUUACAAAUGAUAAAGCAACGUGUGAAUUCAGGAAGUGCUAGUGCUAGCGAAUCAACAAUGGUGGGUAACAACACACCUACAAGAACAACUCAAGGAGGAGUAUCUCCAGUUAAUAUGGUAAACAAUCCUUCAUAUAAUGCUAUAUUUCAACCGUUUGUAGCAGAUACUUUGGUGCAACAUGCAAGUUCAGGGCCAAGUAACAAUGGAUCCCAAAUAGCAGCGAGAAUGUCAGGACACAGGUUACAAAGUUGGUAUUACCCAGUAAUUCCAAGUCAACCGGCUUUUAUUUUGCCACAGGGCAAUUUCAUGUUUGACGGGCGUCAAUUACCUCCGUUAUCUGCUCCAUAUAAUGGGCAAGCAAUGGUACUUGGAACCCCAUUUGGGCAUAUACCUCAUCAGAAUUAUCAGAACACAGUAAUUCAACAUCAACCAUUGCCAGUUCAAAAUCAGCAAGGACCAACAAUGGUUCCAGUACAGGUGAUUGGGCAAGAAACUGUGCCUAGAAUAACUGUUGGACAGCAAAAAAUAUUGGGAUCUUCCCGUCAGGGUCCUGCAGGUGCAGGAAUUAAUCAAGGUCCUACAAUUGAAACUCCAGAACGGACUGGUCAGAAUGUACAAGGAAGCAACGACCGCCGUUUUAUAAUGUAUCAGAAUCGUGCUGUGCCACCGGCAUUAGGAAAUAAUAGUGCAACUGCAAACUUGGCUGAUCCACAUGUACCUCAAGGAUCCAGCGUAGUAGUUGCCAAUCCACAGAUUGUUCCGACGCACCCAACAGUGGAAGAAAAUAGAGAGGAAUAG